AAGAAGAAGAAGCAGCAAUGGCAACCGUAGCGGUUGUAGCGGUAUUUGACGAGUUUAGCGAACGCGAUGAUCGUAGUGUUGGUUGGUAGCCGUAGACGUAAUGUUGGGUGGGAUCGACGGUAAAUUUACCAGAUACUUAUACUAUGUAAAAUAAGUGGCAAAAAAACCAAACGUGCGAAGAAAAAAAAUUAAGUGAAUUGUCGGUGGAGCAUUGGCGCGCGUGUGUUUACAUUUAGAUACAAAAAAAAAAAUAUUAAAACGGAUACAGCGAAGAAGAGUUGCAACUGGGAGAGACUUUGUGAAACAAAAUCUCUCUUGACUAUGAGCAAUAAAUUGGAAAUCAUGGACACCAAACCGCCAACGACGCCGUCCAGUAAUGAAAAUGGGCCUAGUAACGGCCACGGAAACGGCCAUGGUAGCAGCAACAGCAACAGCACCGGCAACUAUCACCAUCAUCGCGCGCCGCGUACCCCCGAAAGCUACUUCAAUGUGCCCGAAUCCAUUGCGCUGUUGAACAUCGUCAAAUCCGAGCGCAUUCAGAGUGCCUUCCAAUCGAAUCGCAAAAAUCACGCCAGCGUCUGGGAAAUGGUCGCAGAAGUAUUGAAUCGAUUUAGCGCACGCAAGCGCUCGGCUAAACAGUGUUGCAAUCGUUAUGAAAAUUUAAAAAAGAUCUACACACAACUAAAGAAGAAUCCUGAGCGGCACGUACGCCGCAACUGGCCCUACAUGUUUCUGUUCAAGGAAAUCGAAGAGCAACGCGGCGAAUGUUGGGGUUCGGCGAAUGGCAAGCGGCUGGCGUUGAUUGCCAAAAGCCACAAAGAACUCUCCUACUAUCAGCGCCGGCGACAGGCCGCUGAACUGGGUGUUGCGUAUCUGGGCAAAGAGGCGGCUGCUGUAAUGCAACACAGCUUGCUGCAGAGCCUCUCCACCGACUCAAGUAGCAAUAAUAGUAAGAUGGAACGCUUUCUGCCCAAUCACUUUGUGGAAGCACAGCUAGGUGACGGGCUGGAAGGUGGCAGCAGUAUGGGGGGUAUGUAUGGUGAUGGCAGCGCGUCAUUGCAUCUGCCACCAGGCGCAAGCGCAGCAGCGGCAGCGGCAGCAGCAGCAGCAGCUGCGGCGGCUGCAAUGAAUGUAGCCAUGCAGAAGGAACAGGAAAUGAGGGAAAAUGGCGUCAGCGCUGGCGUGGGCGGUGUAGUAGGUGGGAUGGAGCGUGGCAACGGCGCUGCGGAACCGCAACAUACGGGCGAGCUGAAUGGCGCCCGGCCACUAAAUGGUGGUGCGAAUGUUGUGAACGAUGUGGCCCGCUUAGCAGUUGGUGGUGGCGGAGCAACCGCAGUGGGCAAUUUGCUGGCACCCCAUGUCGGCAAUGGUGGCAUUAAGGAUGUGCUGCGACCACACUUUGAGAAAGACUGCAAUGGCGUAGCGCCGUUGGGUUUGCCCAAUGGCGAGCAUAACAUCUCAAUGAAGUCUGAGCCAAUGUCCGAGGGAGAAUUCAAUCCGGAUGAUAUACAGUUGAUGCAGACUAACUACAAUGGAUCACAAAACUACUAUCCGCACAACAUUGACCCCAACAUCCUUCAUCCGGACGUUAUUGUCGACACCGAUAACAUUUCCGAUUGCAGCAGCGUUAUCGGUGGUGAUGGUAACGGUGGUGGCUCUGCAAAAAGCAAACGCAAACUCUCCACAUCUACCGAUGGCGGUGAUAGUACAAAUUACGAACUGAUCGAGUACUUAAAGCGACGCGAGAAGCGCGAUGAAGAAUUGCUGCAACGCAUGGACGCGCGGGAAGAGCGUUUAUUGGCAUUGCUCGAACGUACAGUUGUCGCUAUAGAAACGUUGGCUGGCAAGAAAUCAGCGGAAAGCAAGGAAUAAAUAACAACUAUGCGCUUAAUGGAAAUAAAAUGCGUCAA